AUGUCUCUAUUAAGAUUAAAUUUGUUACGUUCCAUUCAGCCGACGUUUAUUCGUACAGCUAAAACAAGUGCAACAGAAUCGAAGAAGAGUGCCUCGAAAAACAAUGACGAAUCAUUUCUAGGCGAUGUACCCGCUGACGAUGAAGUUCCAGUUGAAGCAUCAGAAACAACAGGUCGCGAACGAUCAUUAAAUCGUAUUCAACUCAUUGGUCGCGUCGGCGCUGAUCCAAAGAUAGGUGGAACUCAACGACACAAAGUGGUUACAUUCAAUGUUGCUACGAAUGAAUAUGCAGGAACGGAUGCUCAGAAUGGUGAAGUCAAGCAACGAGUUGAUUGGCAUCGUAUUGCUGUUUUUCAACCACGUUUAUUGGAUAAUGCUGAGAAAUACAUUCGUCAAGGUGAUCGAUUGUACGUUCAAGGUCGCUUGCAUCAUAAUAUGAUUAAAGAUAAGAAGACUGGUCAAGACCGUUAUGUAACCAGCAUCAUUGCUGAUGACCUGAUCUUCCUCAACAAGAAAUAG